CUACUUGCUGCUUGUGGUGUUGUGCUUGCGUACAAAAUGGAUGUGUUUUGAUUUUUCUUCGAUUUAUUUUACUUUUAUCAAUAACGUUUCAUACUACGACUAAAAAACAUUGUGUGAAUUGUGGUUUUACCCUGACCGAGAUUUAAAACCGUGUAUAUGCUCUCCUUUGCUAUUUUUAGAUGAUACUAAUUGUGUAUCAAGAUGAAGAAAAUAUAGAUAUUUAAAGAAUUAAGUGUGUUUUUAUACCCUAUUGGAUAAAAAUACAUUAGGAACAUCUUAAACAUUAAGAAAAGAAAAGUUCUUGAAGUAUCUCACAAUCCGACACUUAUUUAUAUAGAAAAUUAACCUCAAAACGAGUUUUUAUUUUUAUUAUAUUUUUUAUAAUAGUGGCGUCAAUUUCAAUAUAUUUUUUAGAUAUCCAAUACAUUUAAGAAUUUGAAUCAGUACAUUUUUAUAGUAAUAUUUGAUGUCCAUCUUGGGCCUAGCACACUAUGGAGAGUGGGCAAUCCCCUUUUGGGUGCUAAUACUCAGAUUGAGUUUGGCGAUUAAAAAAGUAUUUUUCCAUCAUUGGAGAUCAGUUUCAAGCUUGUAAAGAGGAAUCGCAGAAUACUCUCCGUCAUCAUAAAUAAUAGACCAUUUUUGAAACCUGUUGAUUGCGGUAGAACACAAAUUUCGUAUUGACCGAUUUUGAAGAAAUUUGGUAUGGUAUUAGUAUAAUAAGCCUCAGGAAAGAAUGUGGAUUGCCUUACAUCCCACUGCUUAGAAUCUACUCACUUUUUUUUUUUUUUUAUUGCUUAGAUGGGUGGACGAGCUCACAGCCCACCUGGUGUUAAGUGGUUACUGGAGCCCAUAGACAUCUACAACGUAGACGCGCCACCCACCUUGAGAUACAAGUUCUAAAGUCUCAGUAGUUACAACGGCUGCCCCACCCUUCAAAUCGAAACGCAUUACUGCUUCACGGCAGAAAUAGGCAGGGCGGUGGUACCUAUCCGCGCGGACUCACAAGUGGUCUUACCACCAGUAAUUACGCAAAUUAUAAUUAUGCGGGUUUGAUUUUUAUUACACGAUGUUGCUCCUUCACCGUGGAAGUGAAUCGUGAACAUUUGUCGAGUACGUAUUUCAUUAGAAAAAUUGGUACCCGCCUGCGGGAUUCGAACACCGUUGCAUCGCUUCAAGACUAAUGCACCGGACGUCUUAUCCUUUAGGCCACGACGACUUCGAACGUGGUAUAGACUAGUAAAUAAGGGCGAAGCUGCGGGCGGGAAGUUUAUUCACUAUGAAAUUUAAUACUCUCGAUCCAAAGAGGAACAAUUGUAUAAAGUUAAUCGUGGGGACAUUAUCGGAAUCCUUGUAAUUAAUGUUGUUAAGGUUGUAUCGACUGGCUGUAACUACCCCUGCUUUGGUUGUGGUCUCAAUUUCAAAGUAGACUUUUAUAGAAAUCAAAAAGUGGUUGUAACCUAUGCGUUAUUACCUUCUUUCUUUCUUUUUUCCUACCUAUGCUGAUAGCUUUGAGAGGCUAUUUCAGUUUCACCCUGACGUGUAGGUGAGCUCACGAGACUCAAACCGGAGUGUUGCUAACACUGACCCUAGCAAGAGCAGUGCUUCGCAGAAUCUACCACCGGAUCGGAAAAGCGACCCACUGAGAAGAUCCGGCGAGAAACUCAGUGGGCUAUCUUCUUUCAACCUUCAUUAAAUGCAUUGUAAUUUGGAAUGCGAACAAAUAAAAUGAACAUAGAUAACUACCGAUUAUAAACGUGAAACAAGAGUCGUAACCCUAGUUUCUUUUUGUAAAUAACUUAAGUCUUUGAAUAAAAACAGAAAUAUAGAAACAUUUAUUUGGAUGUGCCCAGUUGGUCUUUUAAGACAACCGGCCCUGUUCGUAUAUUAUGUCUGCGUUUUAGAGGCCUGAGCAUCUAUUAAGUAAUUUUAAAACAUAAAAAGUUACUUAAUAUAAUUUAAGGGAUAGUUUCGAGAAUAUUUAGAGAUUGAGAAUAAUUAGAAUAUUAACUAUUGGUAGGCUGUCUAAGAGAGCCAGCAUGGGUAAGAUACUACCAUCCUGCCUAUUUCAUGUCUACAGUCAUACAUUCCGACUAGAAAAGCGAGGCAGCCAUUAUACAAUACAAUUAAAACUUCGAUCUAUUGUCUGAAGGUGAUGUAAAUGGGCUCCAGUAACCACUUAACACCAGGUAGGUCGUAACCUAAAUGAAAAAUGCCAAGUGAAAAUUAAAAUUUAGGAAAUCUUAAGAUUGUAUUAUUAAAGAUUGUAUCUUAAGAUUGUAUUGUAAAAUUCAUUGAAUUAAAAUUCAUUCAUUGAACGAAAUCGCUUUAUUUGUCUUCCAAAUAAAAUUUAAGAACCUGCGCAGCUGACGCAAUUAUGUUCCUAAUCCGGAUCGUACCUGCUUUUUAUUACAUACUUGGAUCGCCUCGCGCAUGUCCAAAGGAGUUCAUUCAAUUUUCCAUUACUCAGUUGCUCCCCAGCCUCCUCGGUUCUCGGGGGUGCUACAUUGGGUUUUAUUAAAGUUUAUUAGAGCUAAAUAAUGUUUUUAUUGAAUCGUUGAGUACCAAUGAAUUUUCAAGCGUAGUCUUCGGUUGGUUGUUUAAUUACUAAAAUAAUAAGGGAAGAUGGUAAGUUUUAAAGCGCCUAACGUGUCACGUUUAUGAUUAAAAGUAAAUAAUUCGAACGUUUCAAAGUUGUUAAGUAUUGAUCUGUAUUUUAUUCUGGGACAUUGUAUUCUUCUAUUGUAAUCAAGUCAUGUUAACGUUAGUUUUGAGUAAUGUGAAAUUUCAAAUUCUAGUAUAUUUAUAAGCUAUGUUAGGUAUUGCAAAUAUACGGAAUACACUUUUUUUUUGUUAAUAAAUAUAAUAUAUUAAAACAUAACAUAAACACACAUACACAUUUUUAGACAAAUUUGAUUGAUUAUAAUACAGUUGGUAAAAUCCAUUUUUUAUCCGUUUUUGCCCAUAAUCCUUUUUAAGGGUUUGGGUCGUUAUUUAAUAUUUUUCCCAGAGAUUUAACAUAGGUCGCAACAGUUAACUUUCCAAUAUUAAUUUUUAUACACAUUCUCGGUACGCAAUGGUGUAACAAGUAAAUAGGAUGUGUGAUGGUGGAAGAAGAGGAGCGCGAAUGCAGCUCGCUGGCUGGAUGAUGUUUACUUGCCACAUCCUUUUGUUUCUCACGUUGAUUGGAGCUGCUCGUACCUGCUAUCUUUUUCCAAGUGACGUGCCUAAUCCGUGUCUUGGAGUAGCUUGCGGGCCGGGAGCGUUAUGCCGACCCACAGCGGAUGGUCGUUCUUACGAUUGCGAGUGUCCGACAACUUGUCCAAGCUACGGCGAUCACGAAGGAUCACGUUCGCUCUGCGCAAGUGACGCUCGAGACUACUCCGGUGAAUGUGAGAUGCGCAGAGCUGCUUGCGAAUCCAAUACAAACAUCACUUUCAAAUAUUACGGAAAGUGUGAUCCUUGUGCCGGAGUAACUUGCCCUGACCCAGAGGUGUGCCAGCUAGAUGAGCGUAGGGCUCCUUCGUGCCGGUGCGCAGAGCCCUGCCCCCUAGAAUUUUCACCGGUCUGUGCAUCGGACGGGAAAACCUACUCCAACGAAUGCCAAAUGCACCGUGAAAGUUGUCGUGCUAGGAAACAGCUAAAAAUUAUAUUCAAGGGACAGUGCAGUUCCGGAGUGAAUCCGUGUGCCGAAGUGGAGUGUCGUCACGGUGCAGAGUGCCGCGUAGAAGGCGGAGGAGCGGUGUGUGCGUGUCCGCCGUCCUGUGAACCAGUUCUGCGCCCUGUAUGCGGCUCUGACUCUAGAACCCACGACAGUGAGUGCGAACUCCGACGGGCUGCAUGUCUUCUUGGCAGAGAACUGAGGGUCCUGCACGCCGGAGCUUGUGGUUCUAACGGUGUGUGUGCCGAUCGCGUGUGUCCCCACGGUGGCGAGUGCGUGGCGUCGGGCGGGCGCGGCGUGUGUCAGUGUCCACGCUGCUCCAACGAGUUCGCACCGGUUUGCGGCUCUGACGGCAUCUCCUACGGGAAUCGGUGCAAGCUGCAGCUAGAGGCUUGUCGCCAUAGACGCGACGUGCACGUCUUGUACGACGGACCUUGCAACGGCUGCGAGAAUAAGAAGUGUGAAUAUUACGCGGUCUGUGAAAGCGACGGCAUCUCUGAAGCGAGUUGCGUUUGUCCAAAACACUGUGAAGAGGGAACAGAGACCGAAGAGAUUUGUGGUAACGAUAACAAAACUUAUAGCAGCGUAUGCGCUCUACGGGACAUAGCUUGCAAAGAGAAGGGGAGACUGCACAUUAAACACAUGGGCUCGUGUGAGUCGUGCACGGGCGUGCAGUGUCCGUCUGGCACGUGGUGCGGGCGCGGGGCGUGCUCGUGCGCGGCGCCGUGCGCGGGUUCGGCGCGCGAGCCGGUGUGCUCGAGCGCGGGACGUACCUACCCGCACGAGUGUGCGCUCCUCAAGGCCGCCUGCGAAGCGAGAAUGAGAGCCGAGCCCCAGCUCCGGGUCGCUUACUACGGCGAGUGCACGGAUUCAGUCGACAAUACUACGGCUGGUUUAAAUAAAACAGGGGCAUUAUCAGAGUUAACGAAUGAGAUCAGAUCAGAAGAUACGACGGAAAAUGCCAACGAAGGAGGGAGUAACGCUGUAUGCGCUCGAGUACAGUGUGCCUAUGAAGCUACUUGCGCCGUCGACUCCAACGGCCAACCUAGAUGCGCUUGUCUCUUCGAUUGCGCGGCGGCUGCUGCGGCUUCCACGUCGAGUCCGGUGUGCGCUUCCGAUCUCAGAUUGUAUCCCACUUUGUGUCACAUGAAGCUUGAGGCGUGUCGGCGACAAGAAGACUUGAGAUUACGCCCCCUGGCACUUUGUCGAGGGCUAGAAUUUAGACCGUGCGGGGAUGACGAACCGCUCACUGACAAAGAAGGUCGUCCUUACGACUGCGGUGGCGGUCCACACCGUAAAGAUUGUCCGAUGGGCAGCUAUUGUCACCACACUGCCAAAGCCGCUAGAUGUUGUAGGAAAGACAAAGGGGUGACCGAGAAGAAAGGUUGCCAGGACACGUGGCACGGGUGCUGCGCUGAUGGUGUCACUGCCGCAAGGGGUCCCGGCGGGGCCGGCUGUCCUUCGCAAUGUGGGUGUCAUAGACUUGGGUCAGUUAGGGAGCAGUGCGACGAGAGCGGUCAGUGCUCGUGCCGGGCGGGCGUGGGCGGACUCAAGUGCGACCGCUGCGAGCCCGGGUACUGGGGUCUGCCCAGGAUCGGAACGGGACAUGCCGGUUGUAUACCCUGUGGGUGCUCUGCAUUCGGAUCGGUUCGUGAAGAUUGUGAGCAGAUGACGGGACGGUGUGUCUGUAAACCUGGCAUACAGGGUCAGAAGUGUACCGUGUGCUCCAACCACGAACACACUUUAGGACCGAACGGUUGCUUCGAUCCGGAAUCAACCCAAUUACCUGCUACGAAUUGCGAGCACAUGACAUGCUAUUUUGGUGCACAUUGUUUGAUGCGAAGUGGGCUUGCGAUUUGCGAUUGCAGUGCAGCAGAGUGUCCUGCUACCGAAGAGCCCCCAGUGUGCGGCAGCGACGAUCGCACGUACCUCUCGGCUUGCCAUCUCCGGACGCAUGCUUGUAGAACACAAUCCGAUGUGGUUGUGCAAGCGUUCGGACCUUGCAGCGACGAAUCACCUCACGUGAGGCGAGACAAUAUCUACACUGUUUCAUUUAAUUCGAAAAACACUUCACAUAGUUGCUGCGUUAAAUCAUCGAGGGCUCCAUUUGUGGAUUUCGAAUCGGAAACGAACGAGAUCGAAGAUGACACUUAUGAUGAGGAAUACGUUGAUAGGAGGGUUGAAGAGUCUUUUGAAUUGCCUCUUUUUGAUGGUAACGCCAGAAUGACGGCUCGAAUACGAUUGCCCGCAAAUCACUUCGAUAUAUGGGCAGAGGUGACCGCUGUUUGUGACACGGGAGCCUUACUGAGUGCUUCCGGAACAAGGGACCAUUUGUGGCUGGGUUAUAUCCGAAAGAAAGGAGUUUUGCGUUUUGACGUUGGCAGCGGACAUUUGGAUUUACAUGCUGGACGAUUAAAAUUGGACGGAAGAUCUACCAUAUCGGCGAGAAGAUAUAAAAGAGAUGCUGAACUGAAGGUGGGCUUAGUGUCAGCUAGUGGCACGGCUAAGGGCCGCAUGAGCUCGCUAAACACUGACCCGUUCGUCUAUAUUGGCUACUCGCCUGAAAAUGUGACUAAGCUUACGGGAUUAUCGACGGUAGGAUUUGUUGGAUGCAUUCAUCGCCUACACAUCAGCGGGCUUGACUUGAUACCGCCCGCGCGUGGUCUAGUACUCAAUACACACGGAGUCAAACCCUGCACUCCGUAUCAUUUAGCAAGAUUAGUUUGCCCCUAAUAUCAUCAUACCUGGCACUAGGCGGAAUACUAGAAAUUUCCUCGGCCAAAUAUUACAUAAACAUAUAAUGAGAAUAUUCUAAUCAUUCGUAUUAAAGCUAUAUUAGGUGUACUUUAACUUGAGGUAUUUUAUGUGGAACAUAAGAUAUUAUAGCAGAUUAGAGCUGUAGUUACAUUUGCAAAAAAAAAUCAAAUAAACUCUCUCUUCUUGGUUUGUCUGUAGCUAUUCUAGGUGUGAAAAGCCCGAUUGGAUAAUUACAUCAUUUGUGGUUGCACAGAUAUUUACUGUAUUUCAAACCAACUCUAUUGUAGGAUCUUCUUAGUCGCCAUCUAAGAAAAUAGUAACCACUACUGACGUAGUCUAUUGAGUGGUGAGAAUAACGAAUAACCACGAGAAGAAAAUAGUAACCACUCACCACUCAACAGACUACGACAGUAAUUCAACGGACAAGAGAAAUAUCAGAGACAAGACCCACCGCUGAGGCCUCAGUUUGAAUCUUUUGAUGAAGGAGAUAUCGUUCAGCUGAGACAACAGCAUCUAGUUAAAACACAACAUAGUAAUACAAAAGAGUUACAAAAAAUCAUGGAGAUUAAAAUGAAUUCUUUCAACAUUUAUAUAAAAUAAAUGAAAAGUACAAGCAUGUUGAAUUUAUUGUGCCUAUUCCAUGUGAACUGUUGAUUCCAAUUGUAUAGUUUGUACUAACCCAUUUAUUUGCAGCGCCUUAAAAUAACUUGCCCUUUUCCGUUUUCUUUGGUAUAAAUGUCAUCUUGGUCUGAUUUGGUCAUUACACUCAUUUGUUACACUGAUGUAAUACGUUUUUGACCUCUUGCGGCAGUGGUCAGAUAUUCGCGCUUGCUCUAAGAACAGUCAAUUCGACACUUCUUUAUUAUUGCUCAGGUAAAAAGAGAAUAAUUACUUAAUGCUUUGGAUAACCAAAGCAUUAAGUAUUGAAUAAGUUCGACACUAUUUUAUUUUACGAAUAAUUAAGAAAAUUGAUGAGAUUAAGUGUUAAUAAAAUAUAAUUUAGAAGAUGAUCUCAUUAUUUGAACACUAAAAGGUAUUCUCGUAGAAUAUUUAGAAUUUCGAGAUUUAAUUGCAAUUUUAAAGAUCUUCCAAUCCUUGUAUGACAUAAGUCUGGUAAGUAAUAUUAUAAGAUAUAAUGCCAAAGGAAUAAUAAUUGAAAUUAAAAUCUAUACAUUGUUUCUCUUCUUAUAAUAAGACUACGAAUGGCGAAUAAGCUCACUUCUGACACAAGGUAAAAUAGGAAAAUAAUAAGCAUUUGAUAGUUACAUAAUUUUAUUCUUCAAAAUAGAAUUCGUUCGUGAAGGUAUUGGCUAUUUAGUUUAUUAGAAAAAUUAAUACCUCCUGUUGAAUUUGAUCCCCGGCAUAAAAAAAUCACUCGAUUUGGAAACUUCAACACUGUCAAUUUCGUGUGUCAGAAUUGAGAUUAGUGCCUUGUUGAAACAAAAUUUAAACUGUAUCUUUAUGCAGAAAGCUGUUAACUAAAAGUAUACUUAAUAUGUGAUAAUAAACUGAACUACUGUUUCAAAUCUUCUAUCGUAAUGUUAACAUAUCUAUGUCUUUUGUAUCUUGGAAAUAUCUUCUUAUAUUAAAUCUGUUACUGAAAACUUAUAA